AUGUCAGACUUUAGUACGUGGAAGGAACUGAAAAGAAGUGGCGCAUCCCGCAGAGAAAUCAUGCGCAAUUACAAAAACAUACUACAAAGAAUUACGACGAGUAAUUCCAAUCCCAAUAACAAGAUAACUUAUUACCGAUCAAUCCUCAACAAUACAGAACCUGCAUUUAACAGCAUUGCACUGGAAGGUGAAGAAGAUGAAAAAAUCAACACUGCUAAGGAAUCAGAAGACGAAUCAGCAGAACCACAAAUAGAUAACUGGCUUGAGGAAUUAGAACCUACUGAAGAAAUAUUUAUAGCUGAUACAAAAAAGGAUGCAGAGUUUCGCAGAAGUCUUAGAACCUGGGCGGUGUCUUUUAAUAUCCCUCACUCUGCAUUGAAAGCAUUAUUUAAACACAUAAAUGAUAGAACACCGAAUAUCCUUCCUCAGGACCCUAGAACUCUUCUCAAAACUUGCCAAGCAGUUAUAGUGACAAAAAUUGGAAAUGGAUACUACUGGCAUCAUGGACUUGAAUUACUGCAACAGAGCAGAAAUGAAAAUGACCAGGAAUCUACAUCAUCCACAAUCAUCAGCUAUCCUCCUCCUGCUUCUACUGCCAACAAUAAGGAUGAAGAUACUAACCCAUCAUGUGAUAGCGAAUACGAGGAUUAUUUCGAAGAACUAGAACGCAGGAGAAUAGUGAACUUAGGUCAUAUGCUAUUCGAGUAUGGAAAAGUGUUAAAUCACUCUAAAGCCUGUACAAUGGGCAGAAUGGAUUUUGUGGAGGAAAAAAGGAUAGGACAUCUCGUCAAGCUACACUUUUUUUGCGACAACUGCGAAAAAAGAAUGGUCAUUGAAUCUGAGCCACCCUGUACUACGAAGAAAUCCGUUAAUACAGCUCCAGUUUGGGGGAGUAUUUCGACAGGAAUUGGUCACAGCCAAUACGAAGAGUUAAUGGGUGUUUUAAAUGUACCAGCUAUGACUUCCCGAACUUUCAGGAAGAAAACAUCAACUGUCAAGAAGGUAUGGGAAGAAAUUCUGAACGAUGACAUGAAAGCUGCUGGCAUUGAAGAGAAACGGGUUGCAAUUGAAAAAGGCAAUCUCAUGCCUGAUGGUACCCCAUACAUCACCGUUAUCGCUAACGGAGGAUGGAGUAAAAGGACCUACGGGCAUGGAUAUAAUGCCUCUUCUGGUGUAGUAAGUUAA